AUGUCUUGGCAGAAAACCUCCUUCAACCGCUACCAGCGGCCGUUGGGAGAAAACGAACGCCUCAUCAAAUUUAUCGGAGACCGCGCGCAUCCCGCCGGUCGCGAGCAAUGGUCUGUUUCAGCGACUGCAAUCUUCAAACCCAGCGACAAUCGUCUAGCCACCGAGUGGGCUGCAACAACGCUUCGUGAUGCCUGGAAGCUAAUGCGCUUUCAACAUCCCAGCAUAGCUACUGCGCCCACCGUUGGAAGCGAGAACUUGGAAUACGCUGUACCAAGUGAGAAAGACCUGGAAAGCUGGGGAGAUGAAACUUUUAUUGUAGCUGGAGAGGACACAUGUGCGGAAGAUGUGAUUGCUAGAAUCAAACCAAGUCCUUUCAUGACUCUGUACUUUGUGCCUCAUUGCUGGGAAGUUCUACUUCACACUUCUCACUGGCGCACCGACGGUUACGGUGCGUUCCAGUUGGUGAAUGCAUUUUUCGAUGCUGUCAAGGCCGUUAUUGAUAAUGAUGGCUUGCCAGAGUUAUCAUGGGGAGAGGAAGUUGCUCGCCUGGUGCCCAGCGUGGAAAGUGCCUUGAAUUUGUCCGAAACUGCGACGCCGGAGACAAUUGUUAGUGCCAGAAAGUAUGCUAGUACUCAAUUGUACAUGAAAGACAGUGUUGGAAUCUCCUAUAGUGGCGACAUGACAACUCGACCAGGCGGCACUCGCACUGCCAGAAUGCAAUUGAGCAAGGAAACUACCGAGGCUUUGCAGCGUGCCAGUGACGAACGUAACAUCGACCUAUUCUCCGCUGUUCAUGCUGCUUUGGCAAUUGUCAACUUCGAGAAUGCAGAUGCAGCCUUUGCGGCUAAGACAAACGACGAAAUGCAAUAUGCUAGCACAAUCAGGCUCAGCUUGAGACCUCAUCUCAUCAGCCCCCAUACCAACAAUCCGUCAGUUGCCGCUGGUGUCUACACCGGAGGCUACAUAAUUAAAGUCGCUGGAAAAGAUUCGUUCGACGAAAUUGCGAGACAAUACCAGCAUGAAUACAAGCAUGGUGCAAGCCCAGAAUUCCUGCAAUCCCGUCGCCAGUUCGCCGCCAUGGCUGUCGAAGGACUUCAAAAAGGGUUACCGUUGCCAAACCCCCCACCAAGCAACAUCGAUAUUUCUUUUGUUACGGAUACAGAUGCCAUGGUAACUUCUGUCUAUGAGACAAGAAGCGGUCCACUAGAGGUCCUGAGGGUAGGGCUGGGGGUCGAGACCUUGACACGACAGCCAUUGCUGUUUCUAUGGAUAUUCCGUGGCCAAUUGGAUCUGAGUCUUGUUUAUAAUGAGGCGUAUCAAGACGAGGAGAUGGCAUCUAAGAUUCUAAAGGAUGUGGUUGUGGCUUUGAAGAAUUCGUUGCUCAAAUAA